UGGUCACCUCGGUCUACCAACUCAACGAAGGAGAUUCUGAAGACGAAUGAAAAAAAGCUAGUCAGAGUUAAUUCUUGCAAGAGCUUACAGAUUAAAAGUAUCGCAGCAACCGAUUGUGAGAAGUCACUAGACUUUAGAACUAUGGUCAUGAAGAUCCGCACGAGGAAGAUGACGUUCUAUCCGGCAGAUUAUCACCACGAAGAACAUCACAUUGAUCAUCACGGAGGACAUCACGAACCAGCACAUGCCCAUGACCCACAUCACGUAACCGUGCACCACGACCCACAUCACGUUGAUGUUCAUCACACAACCGUUCACCAUGAGCAUGGAGGUCACCACGGAGAGCACCACGACCACGGACAUCAGGGACAUCAUCAUUGA